CCCGUGCCCCCGCUCCCCCGGCAGCCCUGGAGCCAAUGCAGCGCGCUGCAUGAGCGGCCGAUUUGCAUCGGAGGGAUAAGGGGAAGCCCCAGGAAACGCAUGGCCCAGGCAUUAAUCAAAUCUACCUCUAAUAAUAAACCUCCCGAGCAAUGCGCGGGCUCGGAGCGCGCAGUGCGAUGGCAGGAGCCGAGGGGGAGUAGCCGCCGUGCCAGAGCCACGCCCAUGGAUGGGACGCACCUGGGCUGUGAUGCCAUGAACAACUGCACCGACCAGCAGUACUGGGACGCCCUCGUCUGCCAGUGCAUCCCCUGCAGCCUCAUAUGCGGCCGGUCCGCGGUGAGGAGGUGUGCUGCCCUGUGCGAGUCCAUGGUUUGCAACAGGAAAGCCGGCUUCUACUACGACAAGCUCCUGAAAAAAUGCAUCAACUGUGCCACGGUCUGCGGGCAGCACCCGAAGCAGUGCGACCCCUCCUGCGGAUCAGGUGCCCUGGUCACCACCCCCCCUCCGCCGGCCGCCCUGGUCACAGCGCUGCCUCCCGCGGCCGCGGUGGAGCAGAAGGCGUGCGCGGAGCAGGAGCCGUGGCUGGUGGUUUACCUGCUGCUGGGGCUCUGCCUCUGCGCCCUCAUCUGCUCCCUCUUCCUGGGCUGGACACACCUGCGGAGGAAAGGAGAGGUGGGAUCCUGCCAGGCCAGCGCCGGGACCUGCCACCGCAGGGAGGACUCCUCCAAGGAUCGCCUGGUGGAAGCGGGCAGCGUUGGUGAUGGAUCCACCGGCAGCAGGGUCCCCGAGCCAGUGGAAACCUGUGGCUUCUGCUUCCCCGGACACGGCUCGGCUGUACAGGAGAGCAAAGCGCACCACAGCCCCUCCUGCCACCCGGGGGAGAGGGCCGCGGCCGCUCACACCGGGGUGUGCAGCACGGGAAGCGCUGGGGCGAUUCCCAGCCCUGACGACGGCCAUUUUAAGAUCAUUUGCUCUCCUUCACAAGAGAAGACGCCCAUGGCGUGACUGCAGUGAAUGCUCCUGCAUGAAAGGAGGGCUGCCCCCUCUGCCCCCAAAACACGGCUGCUUCUCCCUCCGAUCCCAGCCCCAGCUCCUGCCAGGGCAGGUGGACACAGCUCAGCCUCGUCCCAGGGGCUGUAGGUCACGGACAGUGCCAUUCUCUUCUUGGAAACCCAAACUCUCCUUGUUCCAGUGAUGGACGUUUCUCCCCAUUCAGCCAUGCCUCCGUGCUCUGACCUGACCUCCGCAGACAACUCCGUACUUCCCGGCCCUUGGGACUGGAGGCCUGCGGGGGCUUCUCAGCCCGGUUCCUCCACCAGCAUUGCUUUGCCCCUGCGAAGGGCACCGAUGCCUGUGGCAAGAGCCAGGCCCCCACCUUUCCGUUUGAAAACUCUGCCUUGCACCACAAGUGGUUUCCAAGCAGAGCUGUGCUCGUCUGGGACAUGCUCAAUGGACUGAAAGCAGAUGCAGCGGUGGUGCCAUGCGCCAUUUCAAGAAUUAGCCAGGUAGCAACACCUCGCACAGAGCCCAGGUGUGACAGAGCAGCCUGGCCUCAAUCCAUCGCCCCUGGGCUGCGGGCUGGGUGCCUGCCUCACCCACCGAGAGGUCUCCUCUCCUCAGGACUACGGCGAGUUUUCCAGAUAAUUAUUUCAAAGCAUUUUAAAGCGUCUCGGACCUUUCAGACAAAGCUGUGGCCUGGCCUACUCCAGCCUCCCAGGGCUGGGGCACGGACUCAGACCCAGACAUUCCUCACAAACAUUGUGAAGACUGUUGAAGGCCAUUGCCAUGCUCCCAAGAGCAGCACAUUUGCUGACUUCAACAAAGUUCCUUUACAGCAAGAGCAUUCAGUGUAUGAGCUCCGCAGGCAGCUUUCAACGCUGCUUUGAGAGGAGGAAAGGACACGGGGCAGCGAGGCUUUGCCUUACACCAGGAUAUGACGCUGCAUGACAGGAGCUCUGGAGGCACCAAAAUGACCGUUGGAAUUGGGUUUAGAUGUGAAAAAUCAUCCAAAGCCAAGAACUUUCUGGAAGACUUGAUACUUUGAUGCACUCCUGGUCUGGAUUACCUGAAAUAACCGGUAACGGUGAGGGGCUGUGAUGUGGCAGAUUUGAGGAAAGGUUUUUGUUUGACCUGUAUUUGAAAGCUACUAUGGAAAAAUGUGGGUUUCAACAUGUAAUGUCAAGUUCUCAUUCUCAUUAAAAGAGAGCGUAGGAAUGUU